CGUUCAUCUUCUUCUCCUCGUUUUUCCUUCUCCAAAAACACAAACACAUAAGUCAAGGUGCUGCUUUCUGACUUUGAUUGGAGGGACUCCUGGGGGUGGUUUGCCUAAAUCCUACCAACAACGAAGUAGUGGGGGCAAAUAAACACUCUAAGGAGAGUGAUCUAAUCACGCCUUCAAUCGUUCUCUUCCAUACUGUUUCCCUGACAACAAUGCUCAUUUACAAUGACAAAAGCAUUUGUGCAGUGAAGAAGGGAGGUGGAGAACAAUAUGGUCCCAUGAUUAGGAGUGUGCAACGGUCCAGUCUAAUACGCACAAAAGCAAACAAUGGGAUCCGUGAUCCAGUAGUUCUAAAAAUAUGAGGACCAAGAUUCGGGCAAUCAGUUCAUUUUGUGCAUAUUGUUUCGGUCCAAAUAUCAAUUUCGUCCAAAAAUCAAUUCGGUCUAUAUUUAUUCAAAAUUCAUAAACUUCAUGAGGCUGCACAAGUAUCAAAGAGCUUUCCACGAUAAAAAAAAACCCUCUUAUCAAUCGACUCAUGCCUCUCCGUCUUUAUUUCUUUUUUGUUUUUGCCAAUUGUUUGAAAACACUAUUAUUUUGUAUUUAUUUCAGUUCCAACCGUAUAUUUGACCCCAGCUUGUUGGGGUUUGAUUUUACAUUUCGAUUUAGGACAUUGACUUUGAUUCUUUGUGAUACGAGUGAGCUAAUGAUAAAAAACCAGUAUAUCUAUGAAAAAAACAUAUAAAUAGUAUUGUUAAGUAGUAUCAUUCACCAUACGUAGAAACGAUAUAAAUUAACCGUGAUUGAAUAAUGAAUUAACUAUUAAGUGAAACUGAAAGGGGUAAUCCAAUCAAAUAAGACCCACCCAAUAGGGGAAAGCAAAAGAAACUAGGGAUGACAAUUUGAACCCACCCCGUCGGGUAUUACCCGACCGGACCUGCGAUGGGACAUGUAUUACCCGACCCGCUGUAGCGCGGGGCGGGACACAGGUAUCAACUUCCUACCCGCCUUGCUCCGCCCCGCCCCAUUCUUGGCCUGUUGUAGGUCAAUUUCUUCCACUAGUUAGCCUUGAUUUUUCAACUAAAUAGAUUCAAUUACCCAUUAUAUUAUCACCAUUAUUCAAUCAUGAAGUCUUUUCCCCUUCGUUUUAUCGUAAAAAGUAAAUUUUGCUUGUAUUUUUUUCAAAUAACAUGUAAGAGUGAGUCGACUCGCCCCGUCCUGUACCCACACGGAUAUUACCUGCCCCGUCCCGCCCCAUAGUAACGUGGGAUGGAAGAUAUGAGUAUUAAAGAACCCAUUGCCAUCACUAGAAGAACCCAAAUCAGUGUCUGCAAGACCGCAACCCAAAAACAACACAUCCCGGGAAGGGAAGAAAGUUCCGUUCCGGGGAAUGUUCUCUCAUCGAAUCGGGCAACGACUGUGAUUCCCUAGUGAAUAUUCUUGUUCUUUUGCUGUUUAUAUUUCAAUAACUGAAAGUUAAUCGAAAAACUAAUCCUUUUUUUAGUUAAUCCGAACUAAUUAAAUAUUGGAUCCAGAAAGAUGCUUCCUUUUCCUAAAAAAAUCGUCCUAUGAUCCUAUCCGAUGAUUCAAAGUUCAGGUACAUAUGGCUCCCCGAAGACGGCUGUGGAAACCCGAUAUUGAAAUGGGGUUACUUUCAGUUUUGGGUUUCAUCGUCAGCAAGCAAAACGGCAGAGUGAGUUUGGUCUUCAGUGACGUGUAGCUUGGCCGAGGAUCGGGAGUGGACUAAAUGCGUCUUUAUUCCCAAUUUUGUUUUAGAGAGGGGAACCGGCCACCCAACCAGCGGGACUCGACCGAAAUCGCAGCAGCGGAAACCAACAACAAAGGAGUCUGUCUGGGGGAAUGCGAUUUGAAAAAACAAUGGAGUUUGUCGUCUAGGUAAAACAUGAGGAAGGGCAUCAUCCCUCAGCUUGAUUCCGUGGAGGCGAAGCUUUUAAGGGUAUGGAGAAUGAGAGAAAUGGAGGAAGGUGAAGGCUGUAGUUGCGCCAACACCCUCUCUGAUCUCAUCCUUCAGCAAUUCCGCAUCGCAGUAAAAAGGGUACUACCCUUUUCUCUCUUUCCUUCCAUUUCUUCCUGUGUGUCUAUUAUUCAUCCCAGAAUUCUGAUUGGCAGUAGGGUUGUUGCAAUUUGUGUUUUGACCACCCAAGAGUCUCUCUUUGCUUAUAUAACUGAAACCCUUUUUGUUACAGGGAGCAUGGUGCAUAGAUGCAUAGUGAAGCAAUAGUAAGGAAACACUCUGCUUCCCUGUAAAAAAAAGAAGUUAUGUUCGUUUGCUUGGCAGGCAGUCAACCUCCCAUGUCUUCUACCCCUGUGUUUCCUCUUGUUCCUGCUGCUAUUCCAGCGAAAUGUAGAGAAUCUGGAUCACCACUGCUUGCCACAGAGUUCAGCAACACCAACUUGUUGCAGAGCUGUGACGGCUCGAUGAGAAUACAACGGAUAAAGAAGAUGUUUAAUGAGGCUCAUCUCUCAGUGUCUGCAUAUGACACUGCCUGGAUGGCCAUGGUUCCAACUCCUACUUCAUCCAUUGAAGACUCUCCUUUCUUCCCUCAGUGUGCUAGAUGGAUACUUGACAACCAACUCAGUGAUGGCUCUUGGGGUCUCCCUCUCCCUCGUCGUCAUCCAUUCUUAACCAAGGAUGCUCUCUCCUCUACCUUGGCUUGUAUUGUAGCUCUCCAACGUUGGGGCCUUGGUGAACAGCAAGUCACUAAAGGCCUCCAGUUUCUAGACUGCAAUUCUGCUUCCCUAACGGAUCAGAAGCAGCAUGUGCCUAUCGGGUUUGACAUAAUAUUCCCUGGCAUGAUUGACUAUGCAAAAGAUUUGGGUUUGAACCUCCCUUUCAAGUCAACUGAUGUAGAUGCUAUGCUAACUAAGAGAAAUGUGGAGCUUACAAGUGUGUUCAGUAGAAACACAGAGGGAAGAAGAGCCUACAUGGCAUAUGUUUCAGAAGGUAUCCAACACUUACAAGACUGGGACAUGGUCAUGAAAUAUAAGAGGAAAAACGGAUCCCUGUUCAAUUCACCUUCAACUACUGCGGUUGCUUUUUCUCAUCUUCGAGAUCCUGAUUGCCUUCGCUAUCUUUGUGUCCUCUUAGACAAAUUCGAGAAUGUUGCUCCAACAAUAUAUCCACUGGACAUACGCAGCCGCCUUCUGAUCAUCGACACUCUUGAUAGUCUGGGAGUUGCUCGGCACUUCACCAAUGAAAUGAAGAUGUUGCUGGACCAGAUAUACAGAUGCUGGUUGCAGGGGGAUGAAGAGAUUUUUCUGGAUACAACCACUUGUGCCAUGGCUUUUAGAUUGUUGCGUGUUUAUGGAUAUGAUGUCUCUUCAGAUCAGCUAUCUCCAUUCUCAGAAGAUUGUUUCUUCAAUUCACUGGAAGGAUACUUGAACGAUAAGACAGCUGUACUGGAGUUACACAAAGCUUCACAAAUAAUUUAUCCAGAAGAACCUAUCCUGGAUGAACUAAGUUCUUGGACCAUGGACUUCCUGAAACAGGAAUUUUGCAAUGGUUCAAUUUAUGUGGACCAGCCUAGUGAAAGUAUCAAGGUGCAUGAUGCUCUCACAUAUCCUUACCAUGUUGAUUUGGAUCGCUUAGGCCAUAAGAGAAGUAUUCACCAGUAUAGUAAUAUAGAUAACACUUGGACCUUGAAGACCUCCUAUUGUUGUCCAAACAUUGGGAACAAAGAUUUUAUUAAACUGGCAGCUGAAGACUUCAACCUCUGCCAAUUGAUACAGAAGAAAGAACUCAAGCAACUAGGAAGGUGGAUAAUUGAGAAUAAGUUGGACAAACUAUCAUUUGCGAGGCAGAAGCUGGGCUAUUGCUACUUUUCAGCUGCCACAACUCUCUAUGCACCUGAACUAUCUGAUGCUCGCAUCUCGUGGGCCAAAAACGGCGUGCUUACAACAGUUGUGGAUGACUUUUUCGAUGUUGGAGGUUCCAUGGAAGAAUUAGUAAACCUUGUUCAGUUACUUGAGAAGUGGGAAGUGGACGUAAGCACAUAUUUCUGUUCUGAGCAAGUUGAGAUCCUUUUCACAGCGAUUCGAGGCUCCAUUCAUGAGAUUGGAAGCAUGGCACUGGCACGGCAAGGGCGUGAUGUCACCCGUCAUAUAAAUGACAUUUGGGUGGAAUUGGUGAAGUCAAUGUUGAAAGAAGCAGAAUGGGCAAGGAACAAGUGGGUGCCAACAAUGGAGGAAUAUAUGAAGAACGCACGCGUAUCAUUCGCAUUAGGGCCAAUUGUUCUUCCGGCUCUUUACUUAGUAGGGCCAAAACUCUCGGAGGAAAUGGUGAGUAGUCAGAGUAUAAUAAUCUGUAUGAAGGGAUGAGCACUUGUGGGCGCCUGCUCAAUGACUGGAGAGGAUGUCAGGUGACAAAAAAUUCUCUCUACAUCUCUAUUUGUAACUCAGAGGCAAGUAUUGUGGGUUUGGGGGAUGGUCUCAGACUGGGUUUGCUGUGGUUUCUGCAGAGGGAGUUUGAGCAAGGGAAGGUGAAUGCAGUGUCGCUGUUGUUGCUUGAAGGCAACCGGACCUUGGACGAUGCCGCGGAAGAGGUGAAAGGAGCAAUCGAGAGGGAGAGGAAGCAAUUGUUGAAGUUGGUGUUGUUGGAGAGGGAGCAGGGAAUGCCAAAAUGCUGCAAGCAAUUAUUUUGGAACAUGACAAAGGUUCUUCACCUUUUUUACAUGAAGGGCGAUGGAUUCACUAAUGAGGAAAUCGUUAAUGUAGCCAAAUCCAUAGUUAAUGAACCCAUCCACCUUUUUCCUUAAGGGGUAAUGAUAUAUGCAAUGCACCCGCAUCAUCUUUAGUGAUUGCUUCUGAUAGCAUUUCAUAAAAAAAGGCGAUUACU